UUUUCACUUCUUGGAUUGGAAACCCCCAAAAAAAGCCCUAAAUUCUCGAUCUACGUCCAAUGAGUUUCUCGCCUUCCAAACAAUCCAACUUCACGAACACACUCCUCUCUGUUGCUCCGCUUCGUUAACAGCCGGAGUGCAGUCUUGGAAUCUCCAAAUCUCGUGUUUUUUUGCCAAAUCUGUUAUCUGGGUCUGAUUUUUCAAUUCCUCGAAGUUCUCGCACGAUUGCCGAUCGGAAUCUCGUUCAUCGGCGGAUCAACUUUGCCAUUCUGGGUUCCCUGCAUGCGAGGGCGACGGAGGGACUAUUGCCGACCAGGCUUUCACGACAGCGAAAUCUAUGGUUGGUGGUCAAAUUAGGAGCUUGGAAUUCGUCUCGAGUUGUGGAUGUUCGUCUACUGGUGCUGGAUAAAUGCUCUUAGUUUGGGAUCUAGGGAUUUCGAGCCUAGCCCUUGUCCUUUGCUUGGUCGUACCUCUGAUCGGCUUCGUGGUUCGCCGGCAAUGGCGUCUCACGGCCCGGAGGCGGGAGGAGAUUCGGAGGCUUCUUAUUCGUGCGUCGGAGGAGGCUGCUAGGGCAGAGCUCGAGGCAUCUCUCGUGUACGCCUCUGCUUCCGUCUCUAAUGGCAACUAUUGUCCCGUUUGCUAUGUCCCUGCGACGACUCGGUGUGCUAAGUGCAAGGCAGUUCGAUACUGUUCUGGAAAAUGUCAGAUUAUCCACUGGCGGCAAGGCCACAAAGAUGAGUGCCAUCCUCCUCCCAUCACGUGUAAUACUGGCAAUGGAAGAAGUGAUUCUGGUUUGAAAGUCAUUGAGAAAAAUGAAGAGACUAUUCUUGAAUCGGCUGAAACCGCAAUCAGGGAAACUGCAGCCUGUAAUGCUACCAGCUCCCUCGAAGAUAAAAAUGGAGACAUUGCAGAUGUUAAGGAUGACCCUCUUAUAGAGAAGGAAGAAGCUGUUUCUGUUUCUGAAACUUCUGGGUCUUCGUUUUCUGGGUUCUCUACCUCUCCCAGUAAUGAUUCUUCCGAUGAUAUCUCUAUAUGUGACAGCAUCAAUUCAUCUGAUUCCGAGAGACCUGAUUCUCCUCUCCAUUCUGAUAUUGCUGUAGAGUCAGUGGAGACCUGUUUUGCCACCGAUGAUGUGGUCCCAUCCAAGCCAUUGUCUCCUAAGUUUACUCAGUUGGUUGAGUCGGUAGAUAAUCUUGUGAAUAUGGCUAAACUCGAUAGUAGUAAACCAGGUAGUGAUAUUGAAGUGAUUCAAAGCCAAUCCAGUAGCUUGCGCUCUGGUGUUAUGGUUAGGCAUUCAGGAUCUGCAGACCAGUCUCCUACGGUGUCAUCUGGUUUUUGGGGUAGGGAUCUUGAAACAAUAGAAUGUGUAAGUGAUCCUAGUGAUGGUUCUGCAUCGUCCAAAGCUGGUGAAGCUGAUGAAGAGAACUUAUCUGAUACAGGCUCUUCUAUGCACUUCUUCAGCUCACCUAGAGAAACUUUGACAGAUCUUGACAAUGUUUCUGAUGUGAAAAGUAAUAGUUCAGAUGACGCUCCUCUGACAGAAUCGGAGACUAAUAAAGGUGUUGAUGAAAAAAUUCUAUUAGAAAGAAGCUCCAAAAAGGCCACAAGUGGCACAAGUAAUGGUUCUUAUGCUGCUUCCCUUGAAGCUAAAACUUCGUUAUCAACAAUAUCUUCUGCUACUCCAGCAUCUGUUGUAAGAGAAGUUCCUACAUCUGCUGGUCCAUUGGACAUUACUGUUUUAUCAUCUGUGGCCCUUCGAAAGUCAAAGAGCACUAGUAAGGAAAAUGGCACUCCUUUUGGCUCCUGGAAGGCUGGAGAAGUCACACAUUUUGCGUCGAAGACUGCAGAUACAAGCAAAACUUCUGAUGUUGUAGAACCUUCUCCCUUAGUUGCAAAACUUGGGAGAGUUUCUGAUAGUCAGAAGGUUACAAAUUCUUCGCGUGAAAAAAAUGGCUUUAAGGCAUCUGUAUUGAAAGUUGUAGACCAGUGGACUAGGCCAAAGUCAUCAGAUCAGUAUAAACUCUUAGCUCGAAAUGAGAUAACUAGAAAACGUACCCACAAGGGCCUUUUUCCAUAUGAAUUUUUCGUCAAGCUGUAUAAUUGGAAUAAAUUGGAGUUGCGGGCAUGUGGUCUUGUCAAUUGCGGCAAUAGCUGUUUUGCCAAUGUUGUAUUCCAAUGCUUGAUGUUCACGCCUCCUCUGACUGCUUACUUCCUUCAGGGACUCCAUUCUAAAACAUGUCCAGACAGAGAACAGUGCUUUACCUGUGGGUUUGAGAACCUGGUCUUGAUGGCAAAAGAAGGGAAAUAUCCUUUGUACCCGAGUGGGGUAUUGGCCCAGCUGCAAAAUAUUGGAAUGUGUCUUGGCAAUGGCAAAGAAGAAGACGCACAUGAAUUCCUUAGGUUUGUUGUAGACACAAUGCAGUCUAUUUGCAUUAAGGAAUCUGGAUAUGCUAUGUUGGAGACUGCAAAACUAGAUGAGACAACCUUAAUAGGGUUGACAUUUGGAGGAUACCUACGCUCUAAGAUUAAAUGCAUGAAAUGUCAAGGGAAGUCUGAGCGGCAUGAGAGGAUGAUGGAUCUUACAGUUGAGAUCGACGGGGAUGUUAGCACUUUGGAUGAUGCUCUGCGACGAUUUACAAGGACUGAGAUUUUGGAUGGAGAAAACAAGUACAAAUGUGGCAGGUGUAAAUCCUAUGAGAGGGCCAAAAAGAAACUGAAAAUACUCGAGCCUCCCAACGUCCUUACAAUUGCACUAAAAAGAUUCCAGUCAGGGAAAUUUGGGAAGCUCAAUAAGUUGAUUAGGUUUCCAGAAACGCUAGAUUUGGCUCCAUAUGUCAGCAGAAGAAGUGAUAAGUCACAUGUCUACAAACUUUAUGGAGUUAUCGUUCAUUUGGACAUCAUGAAUGCUGCAUUUUCUGGCCAUUAUGUGUGUUAUAUUAAGAACAGUCAAAACAAAUGGUACAAAGCCGAUGAUAGCACGGUAGUAAUAUCUGAAAUCGAAAGGGUCUUGACAAAGGGAGCAUAUAUGUUGUUCUAUGCACGGUGCUAUCCGAGGCCUCCGAGAUCAAUAUGUACCAAAUCUGGCACUUCCAGUAAAAACAACGUGGCAGUAACUAAUAUCAAUGGGAAACCCACUGCUCCUCUGUCACGGUCUGCUUCGAUUCCAAGUGCCAUUCCUUGCUCUAAAUUCUCGGACGCUGGAUCAAACAGAAUACAGUCAUUUUACUCCAACUUCCACAGACUGCAGAGGAUUUUAGAAGAGGAUUCAUCGAGUGAUAGUUCCUCUCUCUUUGACAGCAACUCAGAUGAAUGUUCUUGUAGCACUGAUAGCAUGAAAGACUCAACUAGCACAGACGACUUUGCUGAAUUCAUUUUUGGAGAUCUCGGAAGUAGCUACAGGCAGUCGCCCUAUUCUGGUGCUUUGUCUCCAUCAUCCUCUUCCUCUUCACCCCCCUUGCUCACAAGACACUCCCCACUAGCAAAAUCAGAUCAAUGCUCUUUAGAACUUCACGAAACUUCAUCAUCAUUAUCACAACCAUGAGAAAACAGAAUGUUGUGGCACAGCAAUGCAUUUUCCAGGACAAGCACUCAGAAGAAGGUAUGGGAAGCUAUGGUUUUGUGCAGUCUGACUCAAGUUAAAUCAUGUAGUAGAACAGUGGACAGUAGUGUUAGCAGUAGCGGUAGUAGUAGUAGUAGUAUCGGGGAGACUGACUCGGAGAGGAGAAUAAUAGAAAAGGCUAACAACCCUUUGGAAAGCACACGGCCCCGGGGAUGAACUAAAGAGCGAAAUGGGGAUCACGAGUAGGAAAAUGAUGCGUGUGUCUUGCUCGAAUUUAUCGGGUAAUCGGGUAGGAAGGAAGUUGAUGUGCUUCUCUGAAUUCUUAUUGCUAGGAGCUGUUUUUGGUAGUUUGGAUUUUGUGUUUUGGGAAGAGGAGAAAGAUGGUGGGUGGAAUGAUGCGUGAAUUUGAAGUGUUGGUGUUGUUACCAUUUUGAGAGGUGUUAAUAGUGUACAGUUGGAAAGAGAUGGAAAAUGAACAACAAAAGGAGGUUCCAUAUAUAUUGUUAAUAAACUUACUUGUAAUUACUUCCUCUCUUUUCCCUUUGCCAUGUUAUAGUUAAAAAAAAAACAAUGUUUGUUUA